UUGAUCUCUUCUGUGUUUUGCUUUGUUGGUUCAGGCGUCAAGCUGGCGAACCGGUGGUGGAGCGUGCCCGGUCACUUGGGCCUGCCGGAGCAGCCGUCCGGCUCGUCGGGCCCCAAGACGGAGUCCCCGGCCGUCAAAGACCCGGAGCCCAGCCCGGCAGGGGGCGCGCCGGGGGACCACGCCGAUGAGACCAACGAGUCCGGCGGCGGGGAGCCACGCGAGGGUGCCGUGGUGGCGGCGCCCAACCGGCGGCCCCGGGGGCGCCCACCGGGGUCCAAGAACAAGCCGAAGCCGCCCAUCUUCGUGACGCGCGACAGCCCCAACGCGCUGCGCAGCCACGUGAUGGAGGUCGCUGGCGGCGCCGACGUGGCGGACGCCAUCGCGCAGUUCUCGCGCCGCCGCCAGCGCGGCGUCUGCGUGCUCAGCGGCGCCGGGACCGUCGCCAACGUGGCGCUGCGCCAGCCGUCCGCGCCCACGGCCGUGGUCGCGCUCCACGGCCGCUUCGAGAUCCUCUCGCUCACGGGAACUUUCCUGCCGGGACCCGCGCCGCCAGGGUCCACGGGGCUCACCGUGUACCUGGCCGGUGGCCAGGGCCAGGUGGUUGGCGGCAGCGUCGUCGGCACCCUCAUCGCCGCCGGGCCGGUCAUGGUGAUCGCGUCCACGUUCGCCAACGCCACUUACGAGCGCCUUCCGCUCGAAGAGGAAGAGGAAGGUCCAGCUCCACCGAUGGCGCCCGGCGGCGCCGACCCGCUCAUGGGCCCCGGCCACGGUAUCGCCGACCCGUCAGCGCUGCCGAUGUUCAACUUGCCGCCGGGCAACGGGCAGCUUGGAGGGGGAGACGGCUUCCCAACAUGGGCGCACCCGCGGCCACCGUACUGAUGCCAAGUUCGAGCGCAAGUUGCUAAAUAUAAUGGAGAAUGGUGGCGCUGGCGCGCGGCAUGAUCGAUCGUUACUGUUCCAUUGGAGACGAAGACGACGGAGUGGCGCCAUUAGUAGGUUAGUACAUAUGAUGAAGUGGCCAUUAGAGUACUGUGGUUCCUAGUACUACUUUGUUGUCGUCGUGAAAUAAUCAAAUAUAAUGUUGGAGUGUUUAUUUGUACUUAAUUCAGCUAUAUUUAUUUCUCAUCAGCUCGGAUGUGCUGUUGUUGUUGCAUCAUACAAA